AUGGAACGGUAUCUUUGGGAAAGCUCUGGAUUAUCGCCAAACGGCACCAACAGCACCGAUGCCCCAGGAACAGCGCUCCACAUUACCAUGGUGACAGAGAGGAUGGUGGUUGUGGCUCUGCUGGGGCUCCUGACCCUCCUCACUGCUCUAGUAAAUGCUGCUGUCAUCACAGCCAUCUGCACCACCAAGAAGCUCCAUCUGCCAGCCAACUACCUCAUUUGCUCCCUGGCCGUCACUGACUUCUUAGUGGCCAUCCUGGUUAUGCCUCUCAGUAUCCUAUACAUGACCAUGGAGACCUGGUCAUUGGGUCAGGUGGUGUGCGAGGCAUGGCUCAGUGUGGACAUGACCUGUUGCACAUGUUCCAUCCUGCAUCUAUGUGUCAUUGCACUGGACCGAUACUGGGCUAUCACCAAAGCCAUUGAGUAUGCCCGUAAGAGGACUGCCCGCCGCGCAGCUGUCAUGGUUGCCAUCGUGUGGCUCAUCUCAGUCUUUAUCUCUGUACCUCCUCUAUUCUGGAGGCACCGGCCUGAAAGCAGCACCCCCAGUCAGUGCAUUAUAGAACAUGACCAUGUGGGCUACACCAUCUACUCCACCUUUGGAGCCUUCUACAUUCCUAUGACUCUCAUCCUCAUCCUAUACUACAGGAUCUACAGUGCUGCAAAGACUCUGUACCAGAAACGUGGCUCCUCCCGUCACCUGAGCAGCCGAAGCACUGACAGCCAGAACUCCCUCAAUCAUUGCCGUGUGGCACACGCGUUCUGCAUAUCAGAUCUGUCUAUCUCUGACCCCACCACGGAGUUUGACCGACUCAACGUCACAAUCCGCAUUCCUUCUUUUGAGACAGAGGUGGAGGGGCCAGACGAGAGGAACCAAAUCUGUACGUCACGGGAGAGGAAGGCUGCCCGUAUUCUGGGCCUCAUACUGGGAGCCUUCAUUCUGUGCUGGCUGCCGUUCUUUCUCAAAGAGCUGCUGGUGGGACUCCGUGUGUUGAACCCUUCCCAACAAGUGUCUGACUUUCUUACCUGGCUGGGAUAUAUAAAUUCCCUUAUCAAUCCACUCCUCUACACGAGUUUUAAUGAGGACUUCAAGAUGGCCUUCAAGAGACUUAUCAGAUGGAAGGAACACACAUAG